GCAGACAGGUUGCAUUUCUGAGCACCCUCCGCCUCCUCACUCCCCCCUCUCCUCCUGUCGCCUCGUCUCGUCUCUUGCGCUCCGCCUAGUGGCCUGCGGGUGAACUGCGCGAACGAGCUGUGUGUGCGCCGGUGAGCGACUGCCGCUGAAGACACAACACCGCUGUCUGUUCUCAGCCCCCAAACCGUGACUGACGAUGGACUACGUGAACACCUCAAAUAGCUACGGCGCCGGGGACACGGUGAAUGCGUCUCUCGCCAAUAUGAGCCUAAACCACCAGGAGAACGGGGUCCAGAUGGGGCACGCCAUGAAAGAGGAGGAAGCUGUCCCGAGUGAGAAUGGCCUCACUGGGGUCUCUGACGAACAGGGCGCUGAGGACGAGGUUCAGCCCUGUCCCGCAAUGGAGGACAGUGAGGUCCCACCUGCGGAGACAGCAGAAGAAGAAAAAAAGAGCGACCCUUGCCAAGAUGAGGGUCAGUCCGCAGGAGCCACUUCAACAGCUCAAGCCAAAUCGGACAGCCCUGCAGACAAGACACACCCCUCCACCCAAAUGCCUUCCUCUCCCCUUAAACGACCAUCACUAAACUCAAAGAGCAAAUCACAGUCUCCUCGAAACGGGCACAGCUCCAUCCCAGUCAAAACCAGCAGCUCCGAGCGAGCGCAGACCAGAAGCAUGAAGACCCCUGCAGCCAAAACCGCCACCAGAACUGCUCAACCAGUUAAUGCCAAGAAACCCCCUACUCCCAAAAAUGACAAAGAUCACAAGAGUGGACAGAGCAGCCCUGGUACUCCCAAGUCUCCUGCGAGCCAGGCGCAGUCCAAAUCUGUGGCUGAGGCCAACAAAGUGAAGAAGGUGGCGGUGGUGCGUUCGACACCUAAAUCUCCAGGGUCUCUGAAGACCCGCCCUGGUCCCAUGGCGGCUGCCACCGGCUCCGCUGCGCCUCUGCCAGACCUUAAGAACGUUCGCUCCAAGAUCGGCUCCACAGACAACAUCAAGCACCAACCUGGAGGCGGCAGGGUUCAAAUCCUUGAUCAGAAGGUGGACUAUAGUAAUGUCCAGUCUAAGUGCGGCUCCAAAGGCAAUCUAAAACAUGUCCCCGGUGGCGGCAAUGUUCAAAUCCUCGACAAGAAGAUCGACUUCUCCAAUGUCCAGUCUCGCUGUGGCUCUAAAGACAACCUGAAGCACACCCCUGGAGGAGGCAAGGUGCAAAUUUUUGAUAAGAAGUUGGACUUAGCCUAUGUGGGGUCGCGCUGUGGCUCCAAAGAUAAUAUAAAACACACACCAGGUGGAGGCAAUGUUCAAAUUGUGCAUAAAAAAAUCGAUUUGAGCAACGUCCAGUCCAAGUGUGGCUCCAAAGACAACAUCCGCCAUAAACCAGGUGGUGGAAAUGUUGAAAUCAAGCACGAGAAGUUGGAGUUUAAAGUCCAAUCUAAGGUCGGGUCCCUGGAUAACAUUGGUCACACCCCGGGAGGAGGACAGAGAAAGCAGCGUCAGAGCAGAGAGGGCAGCCUUUCGGACAGCCCCUCCCUGCCCUCCCCCGGCCUCACCCCCCCUCUCACUCCCCAGACCGUGUCCCCUGUCCCAACCACACCUGUGCUCACCAACCCUCUCAUAAAGAUUGAGGACUCCUAUUGAGAGCCACAAACUGACCUUCCGCGAGACGGCCAAGGCGCGCACUGACCACGGCGCUGAGAUCAUUUCUCUAGAAGAGUCGCCGCAGCAGCUCAGCACCAUGUCGUCCUCCGGCAGUCUCAACAUGGCCGACUCCCCACAGCUGUCCACGCUGGCCGACCAGGUGUCCGCUUCGCUGGCCAAACAGGGCUUGUGAAUGCACAUAACUGUCCACAAAGUCCCCCCUCCCUCCAUCCCGCUUUUCUCUCUUUCUCUCUUUCUCUCUUACCCUCCUCUAUCUGUCUCUCCCUUCACACCACCACAGUCGCAACGUAGUCAAGUUGUGAUGCCUUCCUGGUUAAUUUCCACUGGACUUUUUAAUUUAUUAUCUUAUUUUUUCAACAUUUUAGCUCAACCUACCACUGUAAACUAACUGUUCAUGAGGCAGUAUUAUUAGGCCAAGUUUUUUAUUUCUAUGCUAAUUUAAUUGAUAGCCCACCUUUUGUAAGUGUCCCUUUAAGAUACACAAGCUCCUCAGAUCUGAUUCCAAUGACCAUUCAAGGCUUGUCUCCCUGUAACAAUGACAGUUAAUCCUAUAGGAGUCAAGUUGUCAGCGUGCAAGUCCCCUUAUUUAUUUCAUUUUAUUCAGACAGUCAUGUUUGGACAAGAAAAAGACAAAGUGCGUAUCAUUAUUAAGGGGUAAGGUCUGUUUUAACGCAGAGGGGGCAGUUACAUGGUAUAGCGAUGACAGAAAGCAGUAGCAACAUUUUCAUCUAGGCUGAAAAAAUGCGCUUUCAGACCUCACUGCGAAUCUUUCUUUUGCUUUGUUUAGUCCUGAUUGAAAAGAAAUGGGAGAAAAAACAAUGGCUAGAGCGUAGGCUUGUGUUGGGCACAGUUUUAUAAUUGUACUCUGUGGAUACAUGUAUUUGAUAUGAAGAAAACAUUUGUUUCGUGCCUGCUACUGUCAGUGUUGAUUUUUUGUUACUGCUCUAUUUGUAAUAUAGGAGGCGAAAGCAUUGAUUAUUAACCUGUAGGCUUUUGAAAAUGUAAUGGCCAAAUUUUACAGUAUUUCGAGGAAGAGGAGGUGACAUGCACUAAGUACGCAUAUAAGCAUUCAUAACUAUUAAUUUACCUAGUAUUUUAAAAUGUAAUCUUGAAAGAAAUGAGUGUUUUAGAUGGGUAAAUGUAAGGUAUGAAAGGUUUACCGGGCCAUUGUGGUGCAAAGAGGGAUUUAGUGAGAACUGCAAGUCUGAAACUGUACAGUGAAAAUGGUACUUAAUAUUAUUUAACUCACUAAAAAUGAAAGCAGCUCGCUGGAUAUAAUAGAACUACCCCUAACACUUCAAAUACUAUACCCCUAUUGUCAAGCAUUACUCCCCCUAGUGGUCAGUCUCACUAAAGAUCUUGCAUGCUCCUCAUGUAAGAGAAAAACUGCUUGUUGCCUCCCUUUCACAAAGUGGUCUCUAUGUAAUGUAUAUCCUCUUUAUAUGAACUGAACCGCAAGGAUAUACUGGUAGGUUUAAGCGUGUGUCUGUGCGUGCGUAUGGGCCAAUUCGUCAUUCAAAAGUGGUCAUAAAAGAAGUCCUCAACAUGGCUCCCUGUUAUAACGCAUAGGGUGACCACCUCCAAUUGUAGAAAACGAGCGAAGUUGUUGAAUGUGGUUGGAUAUUACACAAUUUGAGUUUUAGAAUUAACAAUUGUAAGGCAAAGAGAGAGCAAAAAUAUAUCUCACUUUUUAUAAUUCAUGUGGCAUUAAUAAAAAGUGGGGCAUACUCUAAAUAAUUGGGACAAGGGACACGGGUCUAAAUCAGUGUGUGGGACGAGGACAGGUGGUCACCCUAAUAACACAUAAUGCAAAAUCUCAUUGCCAAAAUGUUAGGUUCACGGGCAGUAGGACUUUUAAGGUGUUCUUGCAACAUUAUCUGCAUGCAAAAUAAAUCUCGGUUUUUAGACCACGUUAAUUUUAGUGUAUAAGAAGAGAUUGGGUGCUCAGAGGGAGCUGGAAUGGCGCCCCCUCGAGGCGCGCAGCUGCAGUAAAGAAGAAUCGUGCCAGAGCUUGUGCUUAGUCCUCUCCGUUAAGGUUUGUACCAGAGCUAAUUGAGAGGCGGUUUUUGUAGUAACAAAUUCUCAUCACCUUUUUGAUUAUUUCUGAUGCUGUACAGUUGUGGCAAUGUGAUUGUUCGUUAUUGUGCAUUUUAUCAAUAACUGGUUUAUGAUGAUUCUUGUUGCU